AUGGUAUCAGAGCUUGGGGACGAAACCCUAGCCGUUAUGGAAGAGAACCAUCCACAGUCAUCUUCUGUUGAUGGAUCUUCGAGUUUUGACAUGAAAAUUGUUAUUCGAGUGACUGUGAAGGAGUGUUUUCAAGCAGCCUUACCAGAGUUACUUUUUGCCGUCCAGUUGCAGUUGACGGAGAGUCGUCGUCAGUGGGAGCUGCCUCACCUAAUAGAAGUGUCGAUCGGGCUUCUCCAUACAAAAUCCAACCGAACUCGCGAAGAUCAGAUAGAUCCGGUAACGAUCGGUGUUCAGAGUCGCAUAUUGGGUCAACGACCUACUCUUUCUCUCAGAGAAGUUUGUUCAGAGGUUCGACUAGAAGAGGAUCGGUCACAUGCUAUGAACAAUCCUGUGGUUGUUUCCACUGGUGCAUCAGCCAAAUCCACUGGUGCAUCAGCCUUUGUUACAAAGGCUUCCAGUGCCGACGGUGAUAAAAAGCCCACACCUGUUUGUGAGCAUUGCAAGAAGCCAUGUGCGGGAAAUGAACGUAUUAGAAUUGCAGACGGGUCUUUUUCCCCAGUUGCGGGGAAAGGAAACACCUCUCCUUUUGAUGUAGUACUAUGUGAUACACUUCAUGUGCCUAAAAUUUCAUAUAAUCUUUUAUCGGUCAGUAAAAUUACAAGAGAUCUGAAUUGUAAGGCCAUUUUCUCACCAGAUUCUGUUGUGUUUCAGGAUCAGAAGUUGGGGAUGACGAUUGGCAUUGCCCGACAUGAUAGGGGGCUCUACUUCCUUUCUGAUGAUGCUUCUUCUAGAGAAGAUCAUAGAACUGGUUUUAUGUCUUUAAAUUUUUCUACUUCCGAAAAUGACUUUAUUGAGAGUGGAGAAAGCGAGAAGUUGGAAAAUCAUGAUGCCUCUCUUGAUCUUCUUAUAGCACUGAGGAAAAGUACUCGUUCAUGCGCGAAGUACUUUAUGCACAACUACAUGACAUAUAGUAAUCUGUCUCCCGAAUUUAAAGCCUUCACUACCAGCUUGGACACUAUCAUGGUCCCAAGUAGUAUUCAUGAAGCAAUGGAGAUUUCUGAAUGGAAAACAGCUGUUACGGAAGAAAUGAGGGCUCUUUUGAAAAAUGGAACGUGGGAACAGGUGCCUUUACCUGAAGGACACAAGACAGUUGGAUGUAAAUGGGUAUUCACCACCUACGGAGUUGAUUACUCUGAAACAUUCUCUCCCAUGUCCAGACUUAACACUAUUCUGGUUUUGUUGUCGAUUGCAGUAAACAAAGAUUGGCCACUUCACCAGUUAGAUGAAAAUGCAUUCCUGAAUGGAGAACUUGAAGAGGAAAUCUAUAUGAGUCCUCCUCUUGGAUUCGAGAGUCAAGAAGGUAUUUCAGUAUCGCAACGGAAAUAUACACUGGACUUACUCAAAGAAACAGGCAUGACUGAGUGUAAACCCGCUGACACACCCAUGGAGUAUAAUGCAAAACUUGGUGUUAUAAACAACAAAGUUCCUGUUAACAAGGAAAGGUAUCAGAGGUUGGUUGGAAAGCUGAUCUACCUGUCCCAUACAAGACCAGAUAUUUCAUAUGCAGUAAGCGUGGUAAGCCAGUUUAUGCAAGCUCCCUAUGAGGAGCAUAUGACUGCAGUUGAGCGUAUUCUUUGGUACUUGAAGGGUACUCCUAGUAAGGGUCUGAUGUUCAGGAAGUCUGAAAAAAGGACUAUUGAAGCUUAUACCGAUUCUGAUUGGGCAGGCUCUGUUGUUGAUAGAAAGUCAACCUCUGCGUAUUGCACCUUUGUCUGGGGUAACCUUGUCACCUGGCGAAGUAAGAAACAGGGAGUGGUGGCCAGGAGUAGCGCUGAAGCUGAGUACAGGGCAAUGAGCUUAGGGAUAUGUGAAGAAAUCUGGUUGAAGAAUGUGCUGUCUGAUCUUUACCAAGAUAGUGAGCUUCCAAUGAAAUUGUUUUGUGAUAAUAAAGCAGAAAGAAGCAUCGCAAACAAUCUAGUCUAG